AUGCCAUUCAAGCCUGUCGAGCAUCCAAAGUGCCCGAAAUGCGGCAAAAGUGUGUACGCUGCUGAGGAGAUGAGUGCCGGCGGAUACAAAUGGCACAAAUUCUGCUUCAAGUGCAACAUGUGCAACAAACUUCUCGACUCGUGUACUGUUGCUCCUCAUGAGGCCGAACUCUACUGCAAACAGUGUCACGGACGAAAAUUCGGACCAAAAGGAGUCGGAUUCGGAUUGGGAGCCGGAUGUUUGACCACGGACUCUGGAGAGAAGUUUGGCGGAUCCAAGCAGACCAACCGCCCAAUGACUGCCGAAGCUUUCACCGCACCGAUCAACCCUUCCCAUAGCUGA